GGUCAACCCCGCACUUGCCGAUGCAAACAAUCCGUCAUUAAUUGACACGCACCUGCUGAAGACCUACAUCAUAUGACUUUUUAAUAAUCGCCGAGUAGUUGCCACACCCGUAGAAAAACGUAAGUUAACCUCACGUUCCGCGCCGUGCUUUCCCCAGACCACGUUACCAGUAACACCAUUGUACGACGGCGGAUCAAGCGAACGAUUACAAGAUUCAAGGGUGGAUCGCAAGGAGAUGCCAAGUACGGUAAGAUAACUUUAAACCAACUACAAACGGGAGAACUAGCAAAGUCAAUUGCCUCACUCGUGAUUUGCUUAUCUAACGUUGUCCAACAUUAUCUAACAAAGAAACCUGCCUUGAACCGACUUUAACCUCCGAUCUCGUUGAACCGACCGUACCAUCAUCUUGACGUGGGAAUGUUUAUUUAUCCUGAACUGAUCCCAUCAUGAGUUGGACCUGACUUUGCUUAUGUAGACCAAGACAUAAGGUUAUCAAUUGAAGAUUCACCUGAUUAUUCCCACACGAUAACAACAAUUCAUCGUCUUGUACAACACGAACCUUGACCUUAACAAAUAUCUAAAAAUAAAACAACAAAGCAGAAGGAUGCUCCAAGCCAUCUCCUCAAAACACGACGCCCACCAUGAGCGUCGGCGUAAGAACUCCUUAGCAAGCCUCACGUCCUCGCUACGGGACAACAAAAAGCACCUCCUCCUCGCGGCCUCCGGAUCCGUCGCCACCAUCAAGCUACCCCUGAUCAUCGAAGCUCUAGCCGAACGACAUUCGCAAAGAAACAGCAGCCAAGAGCUCAGCAUCCGCGUCCUCCUGACCCCCUCAGCAACCCGUUUCCUCGCCGGCCAAUCCCGGGAGCAACCCCCCGUAUCCUCGCUACUCUCGAUGCCAUGCGUGGACGGUGUCUACGUAGACGCUGACGAGUGGCGCGAGCCGUGGAAGCGGGGCGACGCGAUCCUGCACAUCGAGCUGCGGCGCUGGGCCGACCUCCUCGUCAUCGCGCCCCUGAGCGCAAACACCAUGGCCAAGAUCGUAGGCGGCUUCGCCGACGGCAUCCUAACCAGCGUCGUGCGGGCCUGGGACGCGUGGGGCGAGCUCGACAGCGACCUGGCCGCGGCCGACGGCUCACAAGCCCUCGCGAACGGGGCAAGUGGGGAAAGGAAGCAGAAGAAGCAUAUCAUCGUAGCACCAGCCAUGAACACGGCGAUGUGGCGACACCCCGUCACCGCCAAGUCGCUGCGCGUGUUGGAGGAGGAAUGGGGCGUGAACCGGCACGGCAGCAGCAAGAAAGUCGCGCGGCCCGCGACCGCCGACGACGAGGGGCCGGUCCCCGAGCCCGGGAAGGGCGAAGAUGAGGGGGGCUGGUUCGAGGUCCUGAAGCCGCAGAGCAAGACCCUUGCUUGCGGCGACGUGGGCGACGGCGCUAUGAUGGAGUGGAAGGAGAUCGUGGCUGUUAUUGAGGAGAGGUUAGGUCUGGGAAACUGACUGGCUGAUCGGGUGGUUGUAUAGUUGAUGGCUGGUAGCUAAUGGGCACCUAAUUCAAGGGGGCGUAAGGAGCGGCGUUAUGGGUGAACCGAGAAAAAUAAAGCAAGGGUCGAGGGAGGUAUCAAGGUGCUUUGCCAUGACAGUGCUGCAGAAUGGCCUCGCUAAUUGGGAACGACUACUACUUCAAAAAGAGCAGGAUUAUAAUUGUGAGAACCAGUGGAUCACAGGAAAACCAAGGUGGCGGAUAUAGCAAUAGCAAGUCACGAUCAUGUAAUCAAAGCCAAUUUAGUAUGUUGCAAUAU